GCGUUGAACUCGAGCGAGCCCUUUGCAUACCCAAUUGCUACCAUCGCACCCUCAAAUGACAACAUGGCUACCGCUUCCGCUCCUCCCCGAAACGGGGUUCUGUGAGUUGCCAUUCAGUGGAGAAGGGGUGAAAAACACAUCAGCAGUCUCGCGGGCUCGGAGGCAGGAGAACGAAGGCGAGGUUUGGAAUGAAUCAAGAGUUGGUGUUUGCCAAACCAAAAUUCCGGUACUCGGCGGAUCUGGCCCUCGUCUUGAUGAUACCGCCCGCGCUGUUGGGCGCAAAAAACCCACGAAAACACCAGCUUAUUCGUCCCCUACAGCAAGGGAAACUAAAGAACCAGUUAUUGCAAUCACUAAUUCCACCAACGGGGUAACGGAAACCAACACCAUUAGACCUGCUCACAAGACUCGGAAUUCUAUUAAACUAAGCCAUAACCCUCUGGGAGUCCUCCCCCGCUCUCCGACACCUGGUUUAGGAAAACCCUUAACACUCCACUCUACGCAUCGGCGCGCUACACCUUCUAUGCCAGAGCCCACCUCGUCUCUACGCCAGCCACCGCUUGGGCAAUUAUCGCGUCGAGCUGUGCUACGGCUAGGGAGAUACAGCGGGGACGGCUCCGCAGCAUCUAGUGCAGAGGGAAACUCAACACGACUAACAGCUAAGUGGAGAUCCAAUGCCCCGGUCAGGGGGUCACCCCGUAAAAGCUUGGUUCCUGCUCUUCCCGAUUCGGUCUCCACAGCACAUAUAUGCGAACUCAACCGAGAGGAUCCUCGGAACUGCGGCUCCUCUUGUGGAAAAACCUGGACCUCCCGGCCUUCCUGCGAGCCCUCCCACCACCAUAAAGAGCCAAGUGACGUCUGGCGAUUUCACUCCCGCAGCCAAGGGACUCACAGUGCGCGAAAUAGCAGAUGGAAUCUUCACGUUGCAAAAUCCAGUUUACCGGAUCAGCGCCUAGAAGGAUCAGAAACCGAUAAGACCUCCGACCAAUUACUCCCAAGUGCUACUCCAUCCGGCAUAUCUUCAGCACCGGGGAGGAGCUCGUUAAGGGUUAAGGCAAGACUUCCGAGGUUACCCGACCCCACUCCCAAGAAUCAGGGUAAGUCGUUUCCGGAUAUCCAUUGUGUUGUUCGACUCCCUAUCCGCCAAUUAGGUUUCGUGUGGAUUGCACUGACUUUACCUUCGAAUAGCAUUGACCGGUCCUAAUCAGCAGCCGAGCAAGGAUACCUGCAGGGUAGGUAGCAUUUCGCCACCUGGGGGACUAGCUGGUGAGACUGCCUUUAAAGCACCAGCAACAGCCUGUGGGCUGGCGGAAAGUGAUAUUACGCACUUACAUUCCGUUCGUGAUGCCAUGGACCUGGACUCGCCGUUGCCAGCCGCUGAUGGCACACACGACUGGGAUCUCCCUAUAAACGAUGGAGAUGCUUUGGGCCAAGCGAGUGCAGACCGCACUGCCGGUCUGAUGGAUGAAAGGACUAAACAAGAGGCAGAGAUCCUUUUCAAAGCCUUCCUGGAGGUUGAAAAUUCUGUGGAAAUGAGCCCAAGGGCUGUAUCUCUCCCCACAAGGCCGGUGCCUGGACCUACGGUUGCCGGUUCCUACCUUACGCCGAGCGUGCAGGAGGGGAGCAAGAGUGGAACAAUGCGUACCUCCCAGAAGCCGCUCCAGAUUCCUGUACAACCGCCGGGGCAUCCUGAUACUCGAGCCCUAUCACAACAACGACAGUCGACCAGGACCACUCGAAUGGCACGUUCUUAGGUGAGAAUAACUCCUGUUGGGGCGGCCGUGGAACCUUGGGUGCUUGAAGAGGGCCCUCAAUCCUGGUGCAGUUCCCGGCCACUCGACACUCCCCUCAUCCCCUCCGCCUUCCUUUAAUUCGAGCCUCUUAUCGCCACAAGAUCGCCCGGCUCUAAACCCGAAAACAAACCCCUUUCAUCUCACACGUUCAUGCACUAUCGCUUCUUCCCAAUCUUAGUGGCACCCGAACAGAUUCCUGCGGAAUACCAGAAACGCCUACUGAGACGGAUGCUCCUACCUGAAUGCGUCGGAAUUGAGUCGUGCUGUGACAGGCCCUGCGAAUUUCCGCAGCCCCUGCAAUAUUCCGCGGCCAAGGCCAACCUCUCCCUCCAGCACACCAAGUUCUGCGGCGAUGAGAUGCUUACCAACGCCCCCCCGCGACAAUCGACCCAACUAAUUCUCCUGGAAAAAUCUGGUCGAGGUGCUUGGGGCGCGAUUCCGAUCUGUCGACUACCAGGGACACCUCGCGAUAAGUCUUCCCACGUCGUCGCCAAGCGCCCACUUCCCUCGGCUCACUAAACAGACAGGACAUAUACAUGCCCCAUGAGCAACACCUCCAAACACUUCUCCGAUGCCCUACCCGCUUCAAUCUAGCUCUUGUUCCCCCCUCGGAAAGCCCACCGGAAAUCUCUGUGUACAAUAACAGGAAAAAACUGAGAUGGCGCGAACUUGCUCCCAACUUUUCUAGAUCCUUCUCCAACCCUAGAGAACGCCCCCAACCCCCUCUCAUAACAACCCCGUCACCAGCAGCUUGUAGAAUGCUCGCCAAAACGUCACCCGCUAUCGCCGCCGCCGCCCCCCCACUAGCCUUGUGGGAGAUUCAGUUUUGCCCCCUGUUUUCCGCGCUCCCAGUAACCUGUCUUCCCAUUUCUCUUCUCAGCGAAUGUUCUGGGUUUAUUUUACGAUUUUUUCCUCGGAGUUACAAUUGAAUUUGACCUUUCCUCUUACUCAACCUC